AUGGCCGGUGGCUACUCAGAUAUGCAUUCCCAGAUGCACUCGCAGAUGCAGCCGCAUUUGGUGCCACAGAUGCUGCCACAGAUGCACAGCUCUCUGCAGGAUAUCGACUACAACAACUCGCACCACACUUUCGAGCAGGCCCCAGCCUACGGCGGCCCCUUGCAAAUGGCGGACGGUGCUCCAAUGGGCAUGGCGGGCAACGCCGACGUGCUGGGUGAGCAGCAAAUGGGCAUGGGCCUCGGCAGUGGAGGCUGGUCGGGCUUGCUUGAUGAGCUGGCGGCUGAGCAUGAUACCGAGGGCGCCCCUGGCGUCGGCGGCUUGGACUCGGAGCAGGAGCGGCGGCGUCGUGAACGACGUCGGGCCAUGAACCGUGUGGCGGCAUCUCGCUGCCGGCGACGAAAGCUCGACCGCAUCUCGCAACUGGAAAGCCGCGUGCGAUCGCUGGCCAUAGACCAUCAAGGGCUGCGCGCUACACGAGCUGCACUUCGAGCUCAGGUGCGCUAG